CAGAGUAUUAACAAUACUGUUAGGAUGGCCUUACCUGCACAGGUAGCAGCCCGAUACCAGUAUUCAGAACCUGUCUUUGGAGUAGUGACCCCUGGAAUUAUCCAAGAUACUUUGCUUCACAUGGCUAUGGAAAAUGAACGGUAUUUGAAUGAGCUGUGUGAUGAGGCAGGUUGCUUCAAAGACACACAGAUAGUAGAAUUUGUUUUUCUGGUAGCUGAAAAAUGGAAUCUAACGGAAUCUGCAACAUAUCAAGCAAUAGAAAUAUUUGAAAGGUUUAUGCUCAAACUUUUAGAAGAGUUCUCUAAUUUCACCUCAGGAAAGGAGGAAGACAGCAGCUGGGCCUCACUGAAAGAACAAAUGGAGGGCACAUAUGUGCUGCGUUUAGUCUCCUGCAUCCAGCUUGCCAGCAAGCUUUCUUUCCAUUACAGUAUUGUUAAGAACAAAAUGGUUCUGAAGUUUCUGAAGUCGUUGGGUUUCUCCUAUACAACAGAAGAAUUAUUAGAAUCAGAAUUAGCUAUUUUGAAAGCUCUGCAUUUUCAAGUCAAUGUUCCAGUUCCACUUGCCUAUGUUGAAAUUCUCCUGGAAGUUUUAGGAUACAAUGGCUACUUGCUUCCCACAAAAGAGCUGCAUGAAAUGUGCAAAAAUUUAUUGAAUUUAUCAUAUCUCUUGCGGAACAAUAUUUAUGACACCUUACUGAAGUCUUCAAUAGAAAACUCCUCUCCAAGUGAACUUCAGCUAGCCAAAUUUGUGUCCGUAAAGGAAGACCACAUACUACUCGCUGUAGGAGUAAUUGGUGCAAGUUCUUUCCUGCUAAACCAUGAAGAUUGGAAUCAGGUAUGUACAGCUUGUGUCUCAGUCCAUUCAUGGGGUGAAUCCAGAGAUUUUUUUUUCCUCCUACAAUGGCUUGCUACCUAUAAGAAUCUCAGUGCAAGCCACCAUAUCAAUCUAAACCUAUUUUCUUUCUUUUGA